GCAAUAUCUUUUUUGUUUUUUUUUUUAUUUUUUCCUUGUGCAAUAUAUCAGCGAUUAACACAAGGGCAAGACUCUGCCUUUUUGAUGAAUCUUUUCUCUCUAAACAGAUCUCUUCACUAAGCUCCCUCACCAAUUUCUUCAUUGCCAUUUUCUCUCAGCUGAUCAAUCUCUUUCUUGAGUAUCCAUUUUGGUUUGAGCUUUUUGGUCGCCUUUUUUAUAUGUAUAAACUGGCCUAGUGAAAGUCCAAAUUGCUGUUGCCUCGUUGAAGAAGCCGACAGAAAACGGGUUUAUCGCUUUCCCUUAACUUUUAUGUAUUGUUGGCUACUUUUAGUUUGGUAGAUGGUAGAUAGCCAAAGUAACUAUACUGACUGAGUUUACAAAGUCUGAUUUUGCCUUGUCGGAUAGAAUAUGAUGUGGGUUCUUGAUUGAUGCCGAUGGGCGAUGGGAUACAGAUUUCCAAACAUACCAUGUAGUGAAACCCUUUCCAGAUUUUUCUGUUAUUCUCCAGAAUUAGAAACUUCUUUUGGGGUCAAACGUUGGCUAAAGAUUUCAUGUUGUAUUGUUGUUGAUUAGUUGGUUUUGGUUUUUGGUCUCGUUUUGGAGGAUAAAACCAUUACAAAAAGCAUAGGCGGCUUUCUGAAUUUGGUUUAAUAUCACAGUCCUAGACCUAGAAUUCUUAAAUUAGAAGCUUUAAAUAUUUUCAGUUACAUCUGGCCUUAAUCAAGAGAAAAAGAUGGUAGGAACUACUGAAGCAAUGAACCAGAAUGUCCAUGCAAAUGGCUUGAUUCAGAACUUCAAUGGUUCUUUAUUAGAAGAGAAACUCGAUGAUGUUCGACAUCUAAUGGGUAAAGUAGAUGGUGAUCCGCUAAGAAUUGUUGGGGUUGGUGCAGGUGCUUGGGGUAGUGUAUUCACUGCUUUGUUGCAAGACAGUUAUGGCCACCUAAGAGAUAAGGUUCUGAUAAGAAUAUGGAGGAGACCUGGAAGGACAGUUGAUAGGGCCACAGCUGAGCACUUAUUUGAAGUGAUCAAUUCAAGGGAGGAUUUGUUAAGGAGACUGAUUAGGCGGUGUGCUUACUUAAAGUAUGUUGAGGCAAGAUUAGGUGAUCGGACUCUGUAUGCAGAUGAGAUUUUGAAAGAUGGGUUCUGCUUGAAUAUGAUUGAUACUCCGCUUUGCCCUUUAAAGGUUGUUACUAACUUGCAGGAAGCUGUGUGGGAUGCUGAUAUUGUAAUUAAUGGCUUGCCAUCAACGGAAACCCAUGAGGUGUUUGAGGAAAUUAGAAGGUAUUGGAAAGAGAGAAUAACAUUGCCAGUAAUCGUUUCUCUGGCAAAGGGUGUAGAAGCUGAGUUGGGCCCUGAACCUCGCAUAAUAACUCCCACCCAGAUGAUCAAUCGUGCAACUGGAAUCCCUAUAGAGAACAUUCUCUAUCUUGGAGGACCUAAUAUUGCUUCAGAGAUUUACAACAAAGAAUAUGCUAAUGCUCGAAUUUGUGGGGCUGAAAAGUGGAGGAAACCAUUGGCAAAGUUUUUAAGGCAGCCUCACUUUAUUGUAUGGGACAAUGGAGACCUUGUUACUCAUGAAGUUAUGGGUGGUUUGAAGAAUGUCUAUGCCAUUGGAGCUGGAAUGGUAGCAGCUCUAACCAAUGAGAGUGCCACCAGCAAAUCGGUAUACUUUGCACACUGUACAUCUGAGAUGAUAUUUAUCACUCAUCUCUUGGCAGAAGAGCCAGAAAAGCUUGCUGGGCCUUUGUUGGCUGACACUUAUGUAACCCUGUUGAAAGGUCGUAAUGCUUGGUAUGGGCAACAGCUGGCCAAAGGGGGACUGAGCCUUGAAAUGGGUGAUAGCAUCAAGGGGAAGGGGAUGAUUCAGGGUGUAUCUGCUGUGAAAGCCUUUUAUGAGCUGCUUAGUCAGUCCAGCUUAAGCGUCUUACACCCUGAAGAAAACAAACAUGUGGCUCCAGUGGAGCUUUGCCCCAUAUUGAAGAUGCUAUAUAAGAUACUCAUCACGAGGGAGUUUGCAUUACAAGCCAUCCUUGAAGCUUUAAGGGAUGAAACCAUGUAUGACCCAAAAGAUCGUAUCGAGAUAGCACAAACUCACGUGUUGUACAGACCAUCACUUCUUGGUCAGGACAGCAGCCUUGAUAAAAGCUGAUCGAUCCCGUAAUUAUUCUGGGCGGAUGUAAAUUUUGAUUAAAAAAAAAAAAACAAUAAUAAUAAAGUCACUAGCGUAGGUUCUAUUUCUAUAGUUAAAAGGAAGAGCUGUACAAGUGGAUUUUUUUCUUUCUUUUUUGUGUUGUCCAUUUGUAAUAUAGCUUGUUCUUAAUGUCAAUGUACUCAAGUUUGGUUUUCAGAAUGAAAUCUUUGAGAAAGUGGUAAUAGCAGCUAGCAAUG